UGUAGCGCUUUUCGAGCAACAAUUGUUUAUAACUGAAACGUAAUAAUUGAUUGAAAUACGAAUUAAUUGAAAUCAAAUAAACGAAAGCCAUGAACGAAUCGGUGCGCUACGACCGCUGUCACCAGGUGCAACUGGGCGUUCACAGCGAGGUGCAGACGUGUGACGCCGCCGAGGAGGAUCCACAGAGCCUGCCCACGCAGGGCACGGGUACCAUCCUCUUCACCCACGACGGUGUUUUGCUUAAGAAGGCCAGCGCGGAGCACAUCUCAGACUUGAACACCAGCGGGUCCCUGUCGCUGGUGGAGUACUCCUCGGCGGAGCUGCCUCGCCGAAGACUGCUGCUGGAGUGGCAGCCGAACGACAGCAUCAUGAUAGCGGACGACAGCCAGGACCAGGGCGACUGGGCUUUGGUGGAUAGGAUAUCGGGGAGGACGCGCACCACAUCCGAGUGCCGUGCUUUCAACACAAAGCCCAGUGGCGGCGGCAGCAGCGGGGUAGCCCGCACACGCAUUAUGCGUGCUCAACUAGACGACCUGCAGUCCUUGGAGGUCCGUCAUCGCGGUCAGACCAUUCGGUUCAUGCGCAAAGGCAGCGGCGGCCUGCACAGCGAGUACUUCUUUCAGCACGGCAACGCCGAUCUCUUUGUGCGCUCCAUGCGCGACUUGCACUUCAUUGAGAGCAAUGGCAAUGAGGAGUACACCAUACUGACCACCGAGAACCAAAAGCUGAAAAAGACCUUCGCCGAACUAGACAUUGGCCAAAUAAAGUCCAGUCACUUGCCGCGCGACAGUUGGUUGCCAAACAAGCUGGCCGGCUUCCUAGGAAACAUACCCGACUACGUGCAGCCGCCGUUCCAGCGUUCGCCCAAAUCCCGCCCAGGGUCGCUCAUCGCUGGCGAACGGCAGACUUCGCCCGACAACUACCAAAUCAUCGGCUUAAGCGGCAGCACGAACAGUGCCAGCUCCUCGAACGGUCAGAGCCGCGGCGGAAGUGCGGACAAAUCGCCGGCGGAUAGCGAACUGGAGAACCUGGAAAAGAUGGUAAAUAAUUUGCCGGACCGCCAGCGUGUGGAGCGUGGCUUGCCUCUCACCGAGACGCAGUGGCUGGAGUUCCAAACGCCCGACGGCCGCAUUUCGGACAGCGACCGCAUCCGAGAGCUCGUCUUUCGCGGCGGCAUUGUGCACAGCCUACGGCCAGAGGUAUGGAAGUUCCUGCUCAAUUACUACCAGUGGUCCGACACCCAGGUGGAGCGCAUCGAGCGACGAAAGCAAAAAUCGGUAGAAUACUAUAACAUGAAAGCCCAGUGGCUGGCUAUGACGACGGCCCAAGAGGCGAAUUUCAGCGGGUAUCGUGAACGCAAGUGCCAGAUCGAGAAGGAUGUGAAGCGCACGGAUCGCACUCUGCAGUUCUUUGCCGGCGAAGACAAUCCAAACUUGUCGCUUCUGCAGGGCAUCCUUAUGACCUACGUGAUGUACAACUUUGACCUGGGCUACGUCCAGGGCAUGUCUGACCUGCUAGCACCCAUACUGGAGAUGCAAGUGAACGAAGUGGACGCCUUCUGGUGCUUCGCGGGCUUUAUGGAGCUUGUGCUGACCAACUUUGACAUGGACCAGGCGGGCAUGAAGACGCAGUUCGCGCAGCUCCGUCGCCUAAUAGAGUUCGCCAACGCUCCACUGUUCCACUAUAUGCGUUCCCAUGACUCGGACAAUAUGUACUUCUGCUUCCGCUGGCUGCUCGUCUGGUAUAAGCGGGAGCUAAGCAACGAGGAUGUCCUUCGGCUUUGGGAGUGCCUCUGGACCCGCCUGCCCUGUCCCAAUUUCCAUCUGCUUUUUUCGGUAGCCAUUCUCGAUCAGGAGACGAGCGUUAUUAUCGACAGCCAGUAUGAGUUCACGGAGAUUCUGAAGCAUGUCAACGAACUAGCCGGCCACAUCGAUGUCCAAAAGACACUGGAGAUCGCCGAGGCCAUCUAUCUGCAGCUCAAGGCAUCGGAGACGCUGCCCAACGACAUUCGGGCUAUCAUUGGCGAGCCCCUGCUGAUGCCAACUGCCAACGGCGAAGAGGUUGAUGCAGCCGCGGUCAUGGAUGAUGAGACGGCAUACUCGGACGAUGGCUUCGACGAGCUGGUGCGAGAGCUUACGCCGGAGGAGAAGUUGCGCCAGCAAGCACUCCUGGAGGAGGCGUGCGAGCGCUCGCUCUUUCUGCAGUACCAUUAACGAACGACUUGGAGAAAGCGUGAAAGAAGCCAAACCAAAAGCCCUUAGCGCAAAUUACACUGCCCCAUGUGGGUUCCUUUGGGCAAACAAGAUGAUUCUGUUUAGGGCUGCCAAUUAAUCAAAAUUAUUCUAGAAAUUAAUCGUAAACAAAUAAUUGAAUUGGUCUAUAUCCAUUGUCAAAAGUUAAGUUGCUUAAAAUUACAAGGAAUGAGCAGCCCUAACAGGCAUCUUCUUUGUACAAUUAUGUUUGUAACCUGUAGGGCAGUGUUGUUAUUAUCUUAGACUUUAAGACUCAAAGUUUACUACCGCAUUGAAAGCGAAGCUAAGCUAGCCAAGUGCUUUAAACUCUGCUGAUACACAGAUUUAUAUAUAUAUAUAUUGUAUAUUAUACAUAUUUGUACGUUUUUUGUAUUUAUUGUAAGUUUUAUCCCGAACCCUUAAACCCAAACCCAUCGCCUCACAUCCUUAUGUCAAAGCACCUCCCCUUUGGCUCCCUUAAGCAAGGUUAUUAAUUAUUUAAAGUAGACUCAAAGGAUUUGUAUGUAUUGUAACAUUGUUUUCUUCGUCCAAAAUUCCACAUGCGCAGCUUUAGUUGUUUCUUUUCCAAGUUUUUAACCCAUUUACUGUGAAUUCACAUACGAUAUACCCAAUUACACCACAUACACACAAUUACAUACAUUAAAAAUGCGUAGUAAAAGUA